AUGCGGAUUAGGCGUAUCGCCAACUGGGACUUAUCCGGUUUGGGACAGUCGAUACCUGAGGCUGGCGGUGAUAGCGAUACGCCAGACUUGAUUGUGACUGUGCCGGCAGGCGGUAAGACAACCAACGGCGCAGCUUUGUUUGGAUGGUUUGUGGUUGGGGAGUCAACAGCCGCCGUUGGCGAGUUGGUUAGCCGCCGGGACGAUGGGCCAAACCUCGAACGGGCGGCAGCUCUUCCCACCGUCGGUCUAUCUUUAGAAUAA